UAGAAUUUAGAUCUGGAUCUCUGAUCUAGCACUGUAGUUGCCAGGAAGUUUUGCCUUAUCAGCUGUUCUACAUCGGGGAUAACUCUGAACUUAUUUAGUAUUAUUUAGCAUAUUUUAGACAUAUAUUAUUUAUAUCGAGGUCACCCAGGAUUGUUCAAAGUAAAAAUGCAAGUUUCUGAGAUUUUAAACUUACUUUUGAAAGUGGCUUCCAAAGCUGCACAGAUUGCCAUCAUUAUAAGGAAAGAGAAACCUCUUGUCGAGCUGCUAAUUCAAGAGAAGACUGGCAUUGAAAAAAAUUGUAGAUUUUUUCAUGAUUUUAAAACAUUAGCAGAUGUUUUAAUUCAAGAAACUGUUCGCCAUUAUAUCAGUGAAAAGGUACCCAAUAUUGGUGCACAUAUAUAUGGUGAAGAAAGUAACCAAUUUACAAAUGUGGUUGGAGAUUCAGUGAUUGUGAAAGUAUGUGAUACAUGUGAGGAGACACAAGGAUUACUUAGUAAAGUUUUGAAUGGAAACAUUGAAGCAGCUGAACUUCUAGCAAAGGCUGUUCACAAAAAUGUGAAUAAUAUUUCACUAGUUGAUGUGGCUUGUGAUGUUGAUGUAGAUACCAGUGACUGUGGGAUUUGGAUUGACCCAAUUGAUUCAACUGGUCAAUACAUAAAAGGAAGCACUGGUGUUAAAGAUGAGUAUGGAAUGGUGGUUGAUGGUUUACAGUGUGUAGCAAUCUUAAUCGGAAUGUUUCAAAAAUCCACUGGAAAGCCCAUUAUUGGUGUUUCUGUUCAACCUUUUGCAGAAUACUGUAAAGAAACAAAUGAUUGGUCCUCACAGACCGUUUGGGGAAUAUGUUACAAAGAUAUUAAACUGACAUCACUCCAACCAGUACAAGAUAUUCCCAGUGAAGAAGCCAGAAUAGUGCUAAGUAACAGUGAAUCUGAGCAUGUCCUUGAUGCACUUUCAUCAAAGUUCCGACUUCUGUAUGCUUCUGGAGCUGGAUACAAAAUUUUAGCCACUGUUCUAGGUUUGGCAAAUGCUUAUGUUCUUUCUCAUCGCUCUGUCUACAGGUGGGAUUGCUGUGCUGGUCAUGCCAUACUUUUAGCCCUGGGUGGGGGGAUUAUUAGUUAUAAACAUGCGUUGGAGGCAGCUAAUAAGUCUGAGUCAGCUUUGACUGAGGAAGAUCUAAUAAAACUUCAGGUUAACUAUGUAAGUUUAGGAGGUGCAAUCAGUAAUAGAAGGGCAUCUAUAUCUGAUGGUACAGAAAGCCUACCAGGAAUUAUUGCUUACCGCUGCAAUAGCGAUGCCCUGAAAAUUCUAGAUGUGCUUAAGACUUGAUUAUUAAAUUCUUACCACGAUUAAUGGAAAACUACAUUUAUCUUAUUCAAAUUUUCUCCACAUUAAAAUAAAAAAUGCAUUUAAAUUUCUAAAAAUGUAACGAUAAAUUACACUGGCAAUUUCUAUAUUUUAUAAUUUUCCACUAAGGCAUUUUGUAAAACUAUUAGCUGUUUUAUUAAAGGUUUCUAACCAGUUUAACAGUUAUCUAUCUGUGCAAUAUUUGCUAGCUUUUUUUUAAACGUGGAUAAAACUUUAUUUAGUUUUUAAAUUUCAUUUACUAUUUUAAAACAGUUUUUGUGACAAUUGUACAUCUUUAGAAAGAUCAAUUAAAGAUUUAUUUUAAACAUUUUUAAAAUUAAAAAUGUAUUUUGCUUUAAAAAAAGUUGAGUCUCCAAAAACAAAUUUUAACCCCUCCAAAAAUAUAAUAACAGUAUUUGAUGUACAUUAUAUUCAGCGGAUGAUGAACAUAUUAUUUAAUGUUAUUAAUAUUGUUUUUUAUUAACUCAUUUUAGAAAAACUCUAUUAUUAAAAGUUCUAAAGUUUCAGAUAAACAAACUUUCUAGGAAAAAAAGCAUUUGAAUUUCCACAAGUUUUUUUUUAGGCAAAUAGUACUCUUUUUAAAAUGAAUUUACUUGAUUAUGCAACACAUGAUACAUUUCUAUAUAAACCAUUACCCUGUUACAUAAAGUCUUUAAAAUGUCACCACAUGUAUGGAAGCUUUACUAACUUUGGUAUUGUAUCACUGUAAUUUUUGUAAAAAAAAAUGUUGGCACUAAAGGAACAAAGAUUGUACUAACACAUAUUACAUAUUUAUAUUUUUUUAAAAACAACAGCAAUUUAUUAGUAAAAUGACCCUCAGAAAUUCUCUACUAACUUUAUAUAUAGCAUAUUUAAAAUUAAAAAUAACUCUUACCUGAUAAUCUGUCUUGGAACUUUUACAACGAUGUAAAGUUAUUUAUCCAUGAAUCUAAGUUACUUAUUUAUUAAAACAAAUAUUGACUCAGCAUGUUAGCCCUCUGAGAUUUAUUGGACUAUAUAUAACUUAUUUACAGUUUGUUUAAAUAUUAGAUUUAAAGUAUUAUGUUGUUUUUAUAUAUUAUAUAUUAUUAUAUAUAGUGUAAAAUGUAUACUAAAAUG